AGAUAAGACGCUAGAAUUUUCGGAAUCAAACUCAGUCGUAGUUUGUUGUUCGGUAGGCUUGGAUCGCACAUUUGAAUUUCGGAAAAAAAUAAAUAAAAUGGAUCGCUGGGUAGGAAAGGUAGCCGUUGUGACCGGGACGAGUUCGGGAAUUGGUGCAGCCAUAGCUAAGGAUUUGGCAAAGGCGGGAUUGGUGGUUGUGGGUUUUGCACGACGUGUAGAGCGUACUGAGGCGUUGAAGGAUGAACUACCGACAGAGGCCAAGGAACGUCUGCAUGCGGUCAAAUGCGAUGUGUCCAAGGAGGAGGACAUCCUGAAAAGCUUCAAGUGGGUUGAGGAGAAAUUCGGAGGUGUUGAUGUGUUGAUUAAUAACGCCGGAAUCCUUCGACAGACGGAUUUAUUAGAAGCUGACAACACUCAGAAGUUACAAGAAGUUCUGGACACAAAUGUGUUGGGAUUGGUGCUGUGCAGUCGAGAGGCUUAUCAAUCAAUGAAGAAGCGCUCCGUCGAUGGCCACAUCGUACACAUCAACAGCAUUGCCGGUCACAUAGUUCCCAACUUCCCAAAAAUGAAUAUUUAUUCUGCGUCGAAGCACGCGGUAACAGCGAUCACAGAAACGAUGAGAAAUGAACUGAGGACUGCCGGUACAAAGAUCAAGGUUACGAGCAUCAGUCCUGGAGGUGUACGAACUGAAAUAGUUCCUGAAGAACUUCUUGCAAGCGAUUGGCCAUUUUUGGAAUCUGAAGAUAUUUCUGAGGCGGUUCUGUAUGUACUUGGAACGCCGCCACGAGUACAGGUACAUGAAUUGACGAUCAAACCUGUUGGUGAAAUACUUUAAAUCAGUCGAACAGGAACAGUGCUGUCUCAAUGAAUGUAUUAUACGAAACAAUAAAGACAUAUU